GCAACACUGCUGAACCCAGCUCCACCCCAGCCAACAAAUCCCUUAAUACAGAACAUUAUUGAUGGGAAUCUGAAGAAGCUGAAGAAACAGAUUAGAGACAAGGCCAUAAAUGGAUUGUACCAUUGUGCUGAGUGGAAAGAUAUCGUAAUCCCUUUUAAUUGCUGCUGUUGCAUCUGCAAAUGAAGAAAUAUGUACAUACCUUCUACAAGAGGGUGCUAACCCCAAUCAACCAUCAUACAAUCUUUGGACUCCUCUGGAUUAUGCCUUAAUGUCCAAAGCACCUGUCAAUACAGUGAGGGGACUGAUCGUAGCAAAAGCCAAACUAAAUGCUAUAGGACCAUUUGGCCUUACACCACUUGACAUUGCAGUGAAAGAUGAUAGAGAGGAUAUUGUGAGGAUACUGAUUCAUGCUGGUGCUCUUGUGCAAAUAAGACCUCUUAUACAGCCUAAUGAUGAGCAUAUUCAUACAAAUCUAGUCAAAAGAAUUCAUCACUUGGCACCAAACAAUAUUUUGUUUUCCAAAAUUCAACCUUUUGUAGAUUUUCAACUCCGUAUACUACAGCAGAAAUCCCCAACUGAGAUUUUCGACUGCUUCGACAAACACCUACUAGAGGAGAACCCUCAAAAAGCAUUUACUAUGAUUGAUUUGUGUUUUGACAAUGCGGAAUACCGCCAGACAAGCAUUAAAUGGCUGAGGGGCUCUAAUAAACUAGAUAUCUAUCUUGAAGAUGCACGCUCACGUCUGUCUAGAAUUCCUCAGGGAAUCCUGAAGUCAACAGUAGUAAGAAACUUGCAUUUAGUAGUAUGCACCGUGACAGAAAUACCCAACAAGGUAUCACUUACCAUAAUUCCUAAACUAGUGGAGCUGCUGUCUAGUGAGAAACUAAAUGCUGAUGUACGACAGUUGCUGUUAAUUGUUACAAUACUGUAUGUAAUCAUACGAAAGACAAAGAUGGCUGGAGCAAGUCCUCCUUUACAACAUUAUGCACAGUUUGAGUAAACUUCUGUCAGUGGAGAUCUAAGGUGAACCAGAUGUCAUUUAUUUUAAUAUACAUACCUGUACAUGUAUAUUAAAACAUGUAUACACUAACGCAAUAGAGUGGUAGUACCCUAUCCCCUGGCUGAGCUUGUAGAAGGCUCACAUACAGAGAGACUACACAAUUUACAGAUAUUGUUUUAUGUUGACAGCUGCUGUCUGAUUUGAUGAAUAAGAUGGAUGGCAAAAAGCCCUAUCCUGAGAACAUGUUGGGGUUACUAUGCUUCAUACGCAACCUACAUGAGCACUAGUAAGUAAGACUCAUGUUUUUCCCAGUACUCAAUGUUUUCAGUCUCUUACCAUUGAAGGUGGCUGAGUGUUUGUUUCUCCUUCUGCAGCGCUGAGGAUUUAGAAUCUGUUGACCUGAUGAAGAUGUUCCCUGAUCUCUUUGGAUGCAUCUACAUGUUAGCCAAGAAACAGGGCUGGAAUUCAAGGCCUGGUCUGAAAAACAUGUUUCAGAGAGAUCUAAGCUCAUGA